AUGCACGUCGAGCAGUUACGCUCAAAGAAGUCGGAAGCACAAAGUCGUUUGCUGUCGAGAAAGCGCAAGUUAUCGGAACUGUUCUCAAUCACCGCGUACCCUCUUACACCGGACGACCCGAUCUACAAACAGAAGCUCCAAGCUUUCCAGGAUGCAAAUAACCUUGAAAGUGGCCGCCUGUUCGACGAAUCUACUCUACCAGCUCGAUCACAUAUAACCUUCCAACCACGCAAAUCGCAGUCCUUUCAAUCACCUCCUGCCUCUCUAAAAUCUCCCGAGAGAUCACAACCACCAAUAACUUCCUCUCAAGCGGAAGCUUCGACGCUCCAAUCUCCAAGCACUGCGACCAAGCCUGUCGCAUCAACAACAUCUGCAGUCGUUCAACAGCGAGGCGAUGAAUACCAACAGUCUGUUGGCCAUGUACUAGAAGCAGAUCAACAGCAGAAGCAAGAUCAGCACGAGCCUUUUGCAGACGAUUCUAAUGCUCGAGAUGCCGAACCGAACACCAUCUCAAAACCAUCUAAAUCCAGUCGUCAUCGCUCGAAUUCACCCCAAGCUUCAGUGUCACCAGCGCCUCAUGCUGAAAAGGCCACGGUGGAAACAACUGGGACAGAGCCAAGCGUAUCUGCAGCAGAAGCCUUUGUGCCGGUACCCUAUGUUAGUGUCGGAGGUGAGGCGAGGCAGAACACACCUGUCCUCCCACCUGUCACGAUACCCAUCGAACCCCAAUCAUCCCCAUCGUCUACAAAUGGACGAGACUCAGCGAAUACUCCCGCACCUACGGCCGGCUCCCCAGCAACGAGUCCAGGUGUCGAAGCACCACUUAGCACACCCGGAGCUAUUCAGGAGAACAAGCAGGUGCCAGGUGGCGUAACCAGCCCAGCACAACCAACACACGUGGUGAGUAUCGGAGGCGAAGACAGCAAACAUGAAGUCCAGCCUCCGCCCGACAUCGAGAUGACUGGGACAGGGGAACUGGACUCAGUAGCACCCACCUCAGGUCAAACCCAGGAGACAACAGAAUCGAAGGCAACCACAACUUCUGACAAGCCCAGUAUCCAAAUUGAGUCGCAAAACGAAACUGACUCGUACUUCAAACCGCUGUCCGGCGAUGCCAUAGUCGAGACUCCGACGCCGUUGACAGCCACUGCCAUACCGCAACCAAAUACCACACCAACUCCCUCUGCACAGGAGCCUGCAAAACGUGCAACUAGAAUUUCUUCUGGUGUCUUGCAGAAGAAGUCGGUUUCAGAGAUUCUCGGUGAAACGCCGAAAGUGGUGAUCCCGCAGGUGGCGGAAUCUCCAUCGUCUGCAUCGAACCACAAUUCCUUCGGCGCCGCGACGUCCCAGGGGCGGACUAGAGACCGUGAUCGUCGCGAUAGAGAACGCAGCAGAUUGUCGACUGUUGUCUUCGCCAAACCACAAAAACCAGCCUCUGAUGAGGAGACAGUAGACGUUACCCGGAUUGACGAUCGCGAGGCGCAGCGGAAGAACUCAGGACAAAGAGACUACUUGUACACACUUUUUGAGAACAAGGCACAUUCCAUGUCCCGGCAAACUUCGAUGUCUUACCUGAUCCAGAAUGCUCACAAGACACUUUCGACCUCGGACCACCUUAUUGAAUACGAGUUGUCGGCUCAGUGCCGGAUAUUGAAGCGUCUGUAUCAGCUACAGGAAAAGGGGCGCUGGCCACUUCGACAGUACAAACGUGCUGAUGAAGCCUCGAGGCCAACCUCUCACUGGGAUUUUUUGCUUGACCAUAUCAAGUGGAUGCGUACCGACUUCAGGGAAGAGCGAAAGUGGAAGCUCGCUGCCGCUAGAAGCAUCGCCGAGUGGUGUGCAGAAUGGGUUGCCAGCUCCCUGGAAGUUCGCAAGCGUCUGCAAGUGCGAGUUCGACCACCAAACCUUUUAUCUAAGCCCGAUGAAUCCCAGGAUGUGACUAUGGAUGAUGAACCUGGCCCCAGUCUCUCCUCACACCCAACACCGGAGUUGAUGUCUUCGAAUGAGGAUGAUUCUAUGAGCGACGACAUUGCAGAUCCACGCGAUAUACAGUUUUCAAGUGCUCCUGCUGCGAUAUUCUCACUCGGCGCCUCAGAUUUCAGCCUUGCAGUCGACAAGACCCCCGCGCUCGAUAAACUUCUAAAUGAGUUGCCCCUCUAUGAGCCUUCUGCGAUUGAACCGGAUCUUUCUAAGUCUAAUCUUGCGGAACGACUGGAUGCAAAAUGGAAGACCGACAUUGUACCUGUCUCAAGAUGGGCAACGGAGAAAUUACCAGUGAAAGAGUAUGCGCCUACCAUUAAGCGUAGUCGGUAUGAGUACGAGCUGGAGCCCUCGCCCAAGCAGAAUCCGACGCCCCUUCCCCCGGAGGAAACGAAUGUUGCUCUGUUUAUGCCUGAGAAUAAGCAUAUUCGUGACAGGAUACACCCCGGACACUCUUUCCGUCCGCCCUCUGAGCAUCCUAUGCCAACGCAGGCUUUCUUCGAAACCAGGUCAUCGUCACAAUGGACCCACGCCGAAGACGAUGAACUCAGAAAGCUUGUCAAGGACUACUCCUAUAACUGGUCUCUUAUCUCCAGCUGCCUAACUCCUCGAAGCUCCUACACGUCGGGAGCUGACCGAAGGACGCCAUGGGAGUGCUUCGAGAGAUGGAUCGGACUGGAGGGCUUACCUGCGGAUAUGUCCAAGACUGCUUAUUUCAAAACCUACUCCGGUAGAAUCGAGGCUGCCGGGAGGCAUGUCGCAGCUCAGAUCGAAGAAGCUCAACGGAGGGCCGGGGCUAAUGUACAGAUUUCUGCGCGCAAGAGGACCACUCAGCCUGUCAGAGUCGAACGUAAGAGAACGCAACGACAUCUUGCCAUGCUUGACGCCAUGCGGAAACUGGCGAAGAAGCGGGAGACCGCCCUCCAGAAACAACAACACCAAGCCGAUCUUGCUGCAAUGCGUAAGGUGAAUGACGCCAAUGUCCCGAAGCCAGCCUACAAGACUCCCGCAGAAUUCUCCCAACUGAAACAAGAACGAGAGCACAAGUUAGCAGAGCGCCAGGAGAUUUAUAGACAGCAGCUUAUUGCCCACCAACGUGCUACUGCGCAGCAACAACGCGGACAAAAUGCUCAACCAAAUGGGAUGCCAAGCGGCAUGCCACCUACAGCACCCGCGAUGCGUGGUCCAUCAUCUGCUGGAGGCAUAUCUGGGAUGCCUAAUGGGAAUGUUCAACUACCCAACGGCCAUCCUCGUCAUCCUGGCAUGAUGGCUAUGCAAGGCAACGUUCAACUGCCACCAGGCAUGGUGGGUCCCAAGGGCCUUACUCCACAAAUGCAAGCGCAGAUGCAAGCACAAAUGGCCGCCCGAGGUGCUGCGACGUCACCACAGCAGAUGCGCAUGCUACAAGAAGCGAGCCGCGUUCAGCAGGAGCAGUUGAUGCGACAAGCCCAGCAAGCUCAGAAUGGCGCUCAUUCAUCUCCCACAAACCCCCAUGCUGCGCUGGCAGCUGGGAAAGGGAUGAAUGGUGCCGCCUAUAUUUCUGCUAUAGCCAAUGCAAACGGGAUCGGAUCACCUUCAGGCCCGAUCCAUGGAAAUUCUGCCUCGCCGCGUCCUUCAAGCGCCAAUCCUGGUCAAGCGUUGUCUAGCGGACACAUUCCUGUGCUAACUCAAAUCGCCAACAAGAUUCGAGAGCAUCAUCCUAACCUCUCCGAGGAAGAUAUACAACGUCAUGCGUCUCAGCAGAUCACAUCUUAUCAGCAGGCGGCGACUGCUGCGGCAGCAGGUCAAGCUCAAAAACGACUCCAGCCUCAUAACCAGGCCGCGUUAAAUGCUGCUAUCGGCGCUGUGAAUGCUGGGACCCACGCUUCCAACGCCGCGGCCGCGGCAGCUGCAGCUGCGCAGUUUGGCCACAUAGGUAUGAUGACGAAUGAACAAGUACAGCAAUACAAUCAGCGCAUGAGAAUGCAGCAAGCCCAACAACAUGCUGUCCGCGGAAUGCAAGGCCAAAUGCAACCGGGCAUGAUGGGAGCUAUGCCCAAUGGAAUGGUCAAUUCUCCUGUGAUGAAUAUGGCCAGGCCGGUCAGUCAACACACAAAUCAAGGGCAGUUGAGCCGGAGCGCAACGCCCAGGGAGCAGAGAAGCGGCAGUCAAGGCAACAUUAGCGGCAGCGGGCCCGGACAACAGGGCAGCCCCCGGCCGACUCCGCAAAGCAUGCAAAGCCAGGCAUGA